AUGUUUAGCACAUUCUCACCGCAUGCUCACGCAUUCACAAACUACUCACCGCAUGUCCCGUCACCUCUUUCCUCUUCUCCACUGCGCAACUCGCCAUCCCCGCUCUCGCCCCGCGAUGUUAAUCUGCCUGCGCGUGAUCCUGAGGAGAUGAUGUCGAGUCCGACGCCCGCGUCAAAGACAAAGCCCAAUCCAAAAUCGAAAUACAGCCCCGAUGUCGAAUUCAGCGAGACACCAUCGUCAAUGAAAACUGCACUCCCAUCACCACCGCCCUCACGCGGCAGAGCAUCAGGUAGUUCUAGAGAGAGCGUGUACAGCAAGCGUGUCACGAAGGCCAAUCCGCUCAUGAGCCGCAAUGCGGAUGAAGGUCGAGAGGCGAGGAGAAAAUUGUUCUUGAAGAAGGUGAGGGAGGGAAGUGAGGAGCAGAGAUGGCGGGAGAGGAAUGGAGGGUUGGGCGCCGGGGACGAUGAGGUGUUGAGGGUUAUUUGGGUUGCGGAGGAAAGGAGACGGGAGGAAGAGAGACGAAGGGAGGCGAAUGUUUUGGGGGUUGGGGUAGGGGAACUGGAGGAGGAGAUUGUGGAUGGGGAGGGGGCCAGCUUUGAGGAUGAGCUUAUGGUUGAGGUGGUUGCGAUGGAGGAGGAGGAGGAGUUGGAGGCGUUGUUGGGGAGUUUGAGUCAGGAUGAUGCGGUGAAUUCGAUGCUUUGUGAUGAUCAGACGAUGCAGUCACAUCGGAAUGAACAAACUCAGGACACGCCGUAUGGAAGUGAUGAUGAGGAGUAUGAUCAUAUCUUCAUGGAUGUCAUUGAGGAGGAGAAUAGGAUGGCGAGUCAGCAACAGCAGCAAAUUCCCGGAUAUCUUGAUACGGAUUCUGAGAUGAUGGAUAUGAGCUAG